AUGCCGGCGCCAGCGGCAGUGCCCAUGACGCCGGGCUUGUCGAGCUAUAUUCAAUCCUUAAAGCAAAAUACAGUAGAGGCGUCGACGGAGAAUCUAAUCACACUCCUAAAACGCCGACAAAUCCAGCAGCCGCACUCAUGCGCGCUGGCCACAGCACAUCUCCUCCUCCGGGCGAUGCACACCAACAAAUCCAAUGACCCGGCGACGCUGAUCGACCAUGUGAAGCGGAUCGGGAGACGGCUCGUGUCCGAGCAGCCCAAGCAAUUGAUCGUGGGAAAUAUCACCCGCCGUGUCCUAGGCAUGAUGAGAGAUGAGGCCGAGGGCUUGAAACGGGACUGGGGCAUGAUGAGCGAUGCUGGAUCGGACGAUACGCGCCCGCACACCCCACCCCAGGGCAGCUUCAGCAACCAGGCGCGCCUGUCGACACACGCCAGUGGUGCCCUCGAGAAGCUAUCGCACCUGGAUUCGCUUGAGAGACCCUCGUCUACGGGUCCAGUUGCGGCCGCUCCCGCGCUCCCGGGAACCUCCAUGUUUAAUCUGCUUUCAUAUCCGCCCGAAUCCACCGACCCUAAUUCACCAAUCACCAUAUCUCGAGGGGAUCCGGAAACGGGCGAUGACAAGCCGAGGGAUUAUCGAGGUGAAGUGUUUGAUGGUAUAAAAGAGAUCCUGGAAGAACUCAACCAGGUCAAUGACCAGAUCGCCGCCUACGCGCUCGAGCACAUACACUCAAACGAGGUGAUCCUCACGCACACUGCGUCGACCACAGUGCAAAAGUUCCUCCUUAAAGCCGCCGCGAAGCGGAAAUUUACCGUGAUCCAAGUAGAAUCAUAUCCGAACAACCACGAAGAUACCCAUGCAACAGUGACCGGCAUUAGCAGCGGAGACGAGGAACGAUUAACGCCCGAAGCGUUCCAGAAGCCAUUGAUUGCCCAAGGCAUCACAGUUAUACUGAUUCCGGAUUCUGCAAUAUUCGCCCUGAUGUCCCGGGUAAACAAGGUCAUUCUCGGAACAGACUGUGUUCUCGCCAACGGGGGUUUGGUCGCUGCAGCGGGGACCCGGCUCAUUGCUAACGCUGCUAAAGCACACCAGACACCGGUGGUUGUUGUGAGUGGAGUGUACAAGCUGAGUCCGGUGUAUCCGUUUGACCAUCGGUCGCUUGUUGAAUACGGAGACCCGAGUGCUGUGCUCCCGUAUGAGGAUGGAGAGUUGAUGGAUACUAUCAGCGUGCUCAAUCCUCUAUCGGAUUACGUGCCUGCUGAGCUUAUCGAUCUUUACAUUACGAAUGUGGGAGGACAUGCACCGUCGUAUCUGUACCGAAUUGUUGCGGAUCACUAUCGCAGUGAGGAUGUCAACUUGUGA